UGCCGAUCUUGUCCCAAUAUGGAAAGAGACGCUCGGGCUUGUCUUGCUUGCACGCAGCUCACGUCGCACCUCACAACCUUCACAAACCCGCAACAUUACUCUUCACACAUCCCACUAUGUGACAGCCGGCUGUAUAGGCAUUCAUCAACACCGCGUUCAGCUGCUACCGUGCGUUUCCUUUGCGCAUCCACUCUUCUUUCAUCGCCCGUCCUUAUCCCGCCCACAACAUGGCACGCACAAACACCCAGUCUUCGAGGACGUCUUUCAACUUCGCCGGCGGCGUCGGAGGCAAAGGGCUCGGAAAGAGCAAGACCAAACGCCACCGCAAGAUCCUACGCGACAACAUCCAGGGCGUGACCAAAGGUGACAUCCGGCGCCUGGCUCGUCGCGGCGGAGUCAAACGCAUCUCCUCCACAAUCUACGACGAGUUGCGAACGGCGCUACGUGCUCACCUGGAGCAGGUCCUCAAACAAGUCGUUGCAGUGACUGAAGGCACCGGGAGGAAGACCGUCGCAACGUCGGAUGUCGUAUUCUGCCUGAAUCGAAUGGGACAUACGCUGUACGGGUUCGGAGAGGCGAAGGGGUCGUCUCUAAGGCGCGGGUUCUAAGGGGUGUCUGUGGCGGUGCACGCUGGGAAAGCUAAUGCUCUCCGAGACCUGGACGGAGUGAUGAUGGUGCUUCAGGAUUCUUUGAUACCCCUAUUCGGCCUUCUUGUUGCGAGGCCGAGCUGCGAGUUUUAGCGGGCAUGGCGUAAGAUAGCGAGGUCUACUUUGAUUUGUUCCAG